CCCUGAGUGCCAGUGAAAAGAGACAGUGGGGGAAGAGAGGGAGAGGAGGAGGAGAGGAGAAGGGAGGACAGACACAGAGUGGAGAGAGAUGAUCCUCCUUCCCCAGCCCCGGUGAUGAUCACGUAGCACAGGCCACGCUGGAGAAGGUCCCCAGCCCAGGGCCAGCCCUGCCCCCGGCUCCUCAUGGAGGGGGACCUGGGGGCCCCCAAUGCCAGCGUGCUGGGGGAGCACUCCCUGCUCAUGGGCAGCAGCUGGGUGGCCGCCUUCCUCUGCUUCAUCAUCCUGCUGACCACAGCGGGCAACUUCCUCCUCAUCCUCCUCAUCGUCACGCAGCGCUCCCUCCGCAACACCUCCAACUACUUCCUCGUGUCCCUCUUCAUGUCGGACCUGAUGGUGGGGCUGGUGGUGAUGCCCCCGGCCAUGCUCAACCAGCUCUACGGCCGCUGGGUGCUGCGGGGGGACUUCUGCUCGCUCUGGGCCUCCUUCGACGUCAUGUGCUGCAGCGCCUCCAUCCUCAACCUGUGCGUCAUCAGCCUGGACCGGUACCUGCUCAUCACGUCCCCGCUCCGCUACAAGCUGCGCAUGACGUCCUGCAGGGCGCUGGCGCUCAUCCUGGCCACCUGGACCUUGGCCGCGCUGGCCUCCUUCCUGCCCAUCAAGAUGGGGUGGCACGAGCUGGAGUUCGAGGUGCAGCCCCUGAACGUCACCGGCCGGGGGGAUGAGGACCAGUGCCGGCUGCUGGUCAGUCUGCCCUACGCCCUGGUGGCCUCCUGCCUCACCUUCUUCCUGCCGUCCGCCGCCAUCUCCUUCACCUACUGCCGCAUCCUGCUGGCAGCGCGCAAGCAGGCCGUGCAGGUGGCCUCCCUGGCCUCCAACGUGGCCACCACCGAUGAGGCCACGCCACAGGUCCCACGCACCCCGAGCCAGCCCCUGGCUGGCAGCGAGAGCAGGAGGUUCACCAACAAGCACAGCAAGAAGGCUCUGAAGGCCAGCCUGACCCUGGGCAUCCUCCUGGGCAUGUUCUUUGUGGCCUGGCUGCCCUUCUUCAUCACCAAUGUCGCUCAGGCAGUUUGUGACUGUGUCCCGGCCGGAUUCUUCGAUGUGCUCACUUGGCUGGGCUACUGCAACAGCACCAUGAACCCCAUCAUCUACCCGCUCUUCAUGAGGGACUUCAAGAGGGCCAUGGGCAAAUUCCUGCCCUGCUGCCGGCGCUCCGCGGAGCCCCGGCCCAGCGCCAUCUCCCUGUCCAUGAGGAAUUCCAACAGCGGGCCCCGCGCUGCCACAUCCCUCAAGAACGUCCUCACCCUGCAGGCUGAGACCGACUCCAUCGACUCCGGGGCACCGGGGAGCGAGCCCAGGCUGCUCCCGGCACCGCGGGGCCCCGGCGCCCGCUCCGUCAGCCUUUGGGAUGCGGAGCCCCCGGACACGGAGCUGCAGCUCGGCACGCCCGUGGCCUGAGCGGGCACGCACAGCGCUGUGUGACAGGAAGGAUCCCCGGGCCCAACACAAGCCCUCUGGGAGGUUUGUGGCCGAUUUGCCGCAAGCCAUCUCCCCAGUUCCCUGUUCCAGCACACAGUGCAGUUCACGGAAGGGAUGGUGGCCCCGGGCGCUAUCACAAGGAGGAUCAAACCGUGCAGAGCCAGGUGUUGCUGCUGAA